CUUGAGUUUUCUAUCGUUAUUUAUAGUUGUAUCUAUAAACAAUGGGCAAAGUUAUUCUAUUCUUUGCCUGCAUGACUUGGCUUUUUACAACAAUCAGUGCAGCUGGAAAAAGAGAACGUGACCCAAUGGACUUGCUUGUUUAUGAGCAACUUGGAUUUUACCCUGAACAAGCUAUUUUAGAGGGGGACAAAAUGACUGUACAAAAACAGAUAAACGGCAAUCUUGUACCUCGCGAUAUAGUUGAAGGAUUGGUGAUGCCUCUUAAUACUGGACCUGGUCGGGGAUUUCCUGCUCUGACGAACAGUCAACUUGGUCGAGCUCAUAUUUUGAUUGAUCGAACAUAUCAAUACAUUGUGCGUAUGGCAGCCAGUCGGGGAUACAAGGAAAAUGGAGGUUUGUCUAAUAUUCAGGGUGAGACAACCUACGCCGUUAAUAUAACGAGAUCGAAUCACCGUGUUUAUGAAACAAUAGUUAAGCGUCGAAGUGAACAACAUAAUGUGCGUCCAGGAUACCCAAUUGUUGUAUUUGUAGAUCACCAUAACGGUUUUUUUAAUGGAGAGAUAGAAAGAGCAGUUGAAUCAAUACAAUUGGCGGUUGAUUUACCAAAUGCGAUUCAAGCACACCUUCAAAGACGAGGUCAAAUAUGAUAUGAAAUUUAAAUUCGUUGAAAUUUGAAAUAUUUAUU